GAGAACUGUCAAUGUCAGACGUAGAUAGAAAAUGACACAUUUACUAACAGUUCGCCGACUUUUCAAUGUUUUAUUCUAUGUGAAAAGCUGCAAAAUUAAAACAAUAAAUUAAUCUUGAAGUUGAUUUUAAUUAUACAUAUCUGUAUACUUACAAGCUUAAUCAUGCGGAAACUUAAAGGAACAGUGAAAGAAACUGCUAAACAAAAGCGAGAAAGGAAGCAGGAGUUUGCUAAAAUGAGGCAACAGAUCCAUACGAUUGUCUUGCCAACUUUUGCUGUAAUAUUCAUCUUGAUUUGCACCUAUGUAUAUUUUAAAACAAGACCUAGUUCAUUACAAUAUGCGUAACAAUAUCUGAUGGGACCACUAAUAAUACUAUAGUGUACAUAAUUAUUUAUUACAUAGUAAAGUAUUUCAGAAUGAUACCAAUACUUUCGAAAAUAUAUGACUAAAUAUUAAUGGUUGUGAAAUGGAAUGAAUGGAAUGGUAUUGUAAAAAAAUAUUGACAAUUUGAAACUAUUUCAUUAAAUGUAUAUUUUGAGUAACAUUCCAUAAUUUUAAACAUAUCAGAUGAAUUGUAAAUAAUAGAUUAUGAAAUAUAUUUAUUCAGAAAUAUAAACUGAAUUUCAUUAUUCUAAUGUUUGAACUGUUAUAUAUUUAUCAUAAUUGGAAUUGAGAUUAAAAGAUAGGCAAUAUCUAUCAAUUCUACAGAUACUAUUCAUAAGUAUGUGUACUAUCUGUAGAAUUUAAUUUUUAUCAUUGAUGAAACAAGUUUUAUAUUUUUUGUACAAAAUAUUUAUCAUAAUUGGUUUCAAUGUUUCUAUAUUCAUAGUAGUAAAUGAAUAGAAAUAUUGUAAUAUUAUUUACUACAUACCAAACUACCCUUUAGUUUGGUUGAACCAAUAGGCUUGUAAAAUGGUAGUUUCUUUCACUAGCUAUAAUGUGGAUAUUCCGAUUUAUAGUUCCUAUGCUAAUACUAUCUAGAUCUAAAUGCCAGUCUGUCACUGUUUCUGUUUUAAAGAAUAUAAUAUUUUAUGCUGAAUUAUGUACUUAAAAUAAGCAGUGUGUAUCAGAUAAGUACAUAUUGCUUAUUUUAAAUAUAAAAUUCCAAUAAAUCCAAAUAAAAUACAUUGUUUAAUAUUUUCUCAUAUAUUUAAAAUUAUAACUGAAGACAUUCUAUUAUUCAUAUAUCUUGAUUUUAAUUAUGCAUAGUUAUGCAAAAUAUUUUUAUAGUAUGUUGAGAUAAAAUGUCUCACUUUUUUUUAUGAAUGAAUUUAGCCUUAGUGAAAUGAGAUUUUAUAACACAUUUUUUUAUAACAUGAUGCACAAGGUUAAUGUAAGAUUUUUUUUAAGAUACAUGUUUUCAUUACAGUAAUAAAUUAAUACUGUGUCAAAUGAUUUACCAUACCAUAUACAUUGUAUGGUAUAUUUUACAGUAUAUUACAGUAUUGUUGAUUAAAACGGGAAUUAUUAACCACUUUCCAUCAAGUCAAGUUCAAGCCCAAAAAGACUGAAUUAUUAUUAAAAGAUAUUUAUAAAAGAUCUAUUAGCUGUAUUUUGUACAUCUGCUUUGUCGAUUCUUCAAGGCUGAGGGUCAUGACCACCAGAAAUGCUUCUAUUUAAUUUUGAACAUACAUAUAUACUUUUUUUGAAUUCAACAAUAUUGUAUAAAAUUAAACUGUUUAAAAAGUAGAAUAUUUUCAAUACUGUAUAAAUUUAAAUAUUCAGACCACAGCCAUUUUUUUAAACAUGGUAGUCUUUUUUAUAAUCAUAUAGAGAUUAUAUUAUAAACAAAAUAAAAGAAUGGACUUAAUACUAAAUAACUAAUUGGAAGAAACUAACUAUAAAGGAACAUUCCAUUAAAAUAAUGUAUAGUAAGUACAAGUAAAGUUCUUUUAGUGUACAUUCUGUAUUAGAAAAAUUGGUAAAGAGCUUUAAUAUUAUUAUAAAAACAAUCAUAAAUAUAAAAGGAAAAACUUUUGUAUAAAACAUGUCAAGCUUGUAUUACAAAAUAUUACAUAUAAAAAAACAGAACAUACUUUAUAAGAGCAAUACAGUCAUACUACCUAUAUCGCACGCUUAAAACUGAUUUAACUAAAAAAAUACAAGUUUGGAAAGAUAGACUGAAGAUGUCACCUUAGAAUGAUUUAACCAAUUAGAAACCAAUGGAUGAACUUUUUUUUUUCAGUUAAUGCAGUUUAUUAUUAUAUAUUAGGCGUACGAUAUAUUGCGUAGUCCUCAAGCUAGUAUAUC